GCUGGGCAUGGGUCUGGUUGGGGCUUGGAGCCUGGCUCUUGUUCGGGAGGCUCCCGGGCGGGGGGCCGCUAUGUCAGGCCCGCCCGGGUCUGGAGCGUCCCUCCCUGACCCUGGGUAGUCCCCGGUCGGGCCCGGUGAGCGCUGAGCCGGCGCCACGAAGCUGGCUUGGCUCUGCCCGGGGCUCUAGGCCCACAUGAGGGGCGGAGAGGAGGCAGUGCGGCUACCGGUAAAUCGGGGCACAGCCCAGAGUGGAGGGCCCGGAGGAACAGGUAGGGGCAGAGUGGAUCCGACAUCCCCCAGGCUUGCGGCGGCAGGGGAAGCACACGUGCAGAUGCACAAGCAUGAGCCAAUUCUGGGGCAGAGGUGUCCCAGCACAGAGCGCUGUGUGCGGCGACGAAUGGCCAGAAUUUCCACGACUGGUUUUACAGAGCUGGUUUUGUUUGAGGAGUCAGUGACCUUCGAGGAUGUAGCCAUCUACUUCUCUGAGAAUGAAUGGACCGGCCUGACCCCUGCUCAGAGGGCCCUGUACAGGGAUGUGAUGCUGGAGGAUUAUGGGGCCGUGGCUUCGUUGGCAGCAUUUCCAUUUCCCAAGCCGGCUCUGAUUUUCCAGCUGGAACGAAGCACCAUGGAGCUUGGCUCCUCAGGGAGCUCUGGAUGGAGAGGGCCCGAGGGGCAUCUCCUCAGCUCCUCAGCCCGUAGCAACUGACCUCUGCUCCCACCAAACUCCUUGAACUGAGGUUACUACCAGCGCCUGGCUUCUCAGGCUUCAUCGUCUACGGUAUGUAUCCCUGUUGAUAAUUUACACCCCUUGCAAAUGUCCUCUUGGCUCUCUGGUCACCACUUUCUCCUGACAUUCCUGACCUGUUAGUUCCUGCCUCCUUUGAGUUUCCUCCAUUUCUGUCCACCCUCUAAAGAUAAGUAGUCACGUAGGGAUCCAGUCUUGUCCCUCUUCUAAUUCUAUACAGUGUCACCAGGUGACAGGAUUAUUUACCCAUUUGGAUUAAACUAUAUCUGGGGGACUUCCCUGGUGGUCCAGUGGUUAGGACUCCUUGCUGUCACUGCCGAGGGCCUGGGUUCAAUCCCUGGUCAGGGAACUAAGAUCCCACAAGCUGCGUGGUAUGGCCAAAAAAAAAUAAAUAAAAAUAAAUUACAUCUGGGAGCCACAUGUACAAAAAUGAACUUAUUAUCCUUACCCACAGGUACACACUAACCCCUGUUUUCUCCACCACCUGCCCACUUGUUCAGCCCAGGAACCUCAUGGAAAUCUUCAGUUCCUCUCUAUCCUGCACCCUUAUAAAUAGACUACGUUUUAAUGAUUCCAUUUCACAGAUGCAGCAGGUUGGCCAUUUCCUUUCCACAUCCUCUGCUCUAUUUUCCAGUUACCACGUCAGAGUUUUGUGAUAGCUGUUGUCUUUUCAGUCCUCUCUCAUUCUUAGAUCAAGAAAAUUUCCUUAAAAUGAAAAUCAAAUCGUAUCACUCUCUUUCUGAAAUUCCUUUAAUGAUUCUUGUCUAUAAAACAAAACCCAAGUUCCUUAGGUGAGUAUUCAAAACUCUGUCAGUGACUGGUUACAAUCAAUGAUUUUAUGCUCUCUCUCCUCAAUCUCCCACUUAAGUCUCAACGGCACCCAUACUUCUCUGCUUCUCAUUCUCAACCACAUCUUGCUCUUUCAGGGAAUGUGUGAAUAUAUCAGUAUAGGUCAGUGGUUCUCAACUGGCAGUGAUUUUGCGCCUUUCUCCUAGAAGACGUUUGGCAAUGUUUAGACACAUUUUUUGUUGUCACAGUUGGGGAUAGGGCUGCUACUGACAUCUAGUGGGCAUCUAGAGGCCAGGGAUGCAACUAAAUAUACUACGAUGCACAGGGAAGUCUCCCACGACAAAGAAUUAUCUGGCCCCAAAUGCCAUUAGUGCUGCUGUUAAGAAAAUCUCGUAUAGGGCAACCACACGUGGAAGUCUGUUGAUCAUAUCUACUGUAUCAGACAAAUAGGUACAAAGACAAAUAGAACAUCCAUGUCCAAGGAGUACCUAUUUACUCUAUUUGCGAGAAAUCACUACUUGUGUUAAUAUUGGAUAGAAGCUCUGUGAAAUGAGCUUUACGUGUGAAAAUGUGUGUUGUGUUUUCUUUUGUGUCCUUCAGUUCAUGCUUUUAACUACUCUUUGUCCUUACUAGUCUUUCUGCCCACAAAGAUGUGGUGUGUAGCAUCAUCUGACAACUUUUCCCGUGACCCACGUGCCUUGCUUCCCUCACCUUCCUGGAAGUCUUUUUUUUUUUU